AAACAAAAAUUAAAAAAGUUUUAUCCGAAAAGGAACCAUGAAACCAUAUGAAUACAAAGAACACCUACCAAAUGGUUUUUGAUGACUUUAUAAAUAACCAAAUUAUCUGAGAGAAUUCUUAUAAAACGCCACAUUCUUUCUUCUUCUCCUCUGCGACUUUUAGAGAGAGAGAGAGAGAGAGAGAUAGCAUCCAGACGAGACGAGGAGACUGUAACUAGAUGAUGUUGUUGUCCUUGUGCUCGCUUUCAUAAGUCAAUUGGUUUGGACCAUUUGAUUUUGUUCUUCUUUUUAUUAAAUUCCUCAAAAGUACUCUGUUUUGGUCCCCUGUUCUGUCUCUGUUUCUAAACUGCUCUUUACUCGCAACUCGUUACGAUCUCUCUUUCGUCUUUUCUUUUCCAGCUAUUAUUUUCACAAAUCUCCAUAAAAAAAUAUUCUUUUGAUAUAUAUCUAUCUCAUCGAUCUUACCAAACCCUUUGUCUCCAAGAGUUUUUCGUUCCCCGAUCCAUUAUGGGGUGUACGAGCUCGAAGCACCGUAAGCGAUGCCACCACUGCCGGCAAGGGUAUUGUCCGGUGAACAUGCGUCAAAUCCAAUCGGUGCACCACCCAUCUCAACACUCCGACGACAGCUGCCACAUGGUUGCUCUCAGCUCCACCAGCCUCGGCUCUCUCAAGCUCUGCGACUCCUCUGACUUCAGCGGGAACCUUGUCCCCGCCGCCGACGAAUCUCUAGAGAAGCGACGAGUCUCCGUAAAUGGGUUUGGGUCAGAGAAGGAGAAGCUGAGUUCGGAGAUGCAGGCUAAGCUUAUGGAAGCUAAAGUAUGGUCAAGCAUGAUGAACGAGAAGAUCCCAAAGAUCGUCCCCAAGACUCCCAUCUUGACGCCUCCGGGAGAGCCGGAGACGAUCAACACAUGGGAGAUGAUGGAUGGGCUUGAAGAUUCGGUGAGCCCUAACCACGUUAGGAGCUUCUCGUUUGAUACUGCUGGUGGUCAUGGUGGUGCUUGUGAACGUCCCAAGUUGAAUGGUGAGGUUAAGCCACUGUGGCUUCAGUUGGAGGAAGAAGGGCUUGACGACUUCGAUGAUUUCGAUCCUGAGAUCAUAUCUUCAUUCAGGAGGUCUCUCCAAGAACUUCCCUCUGAACAUCCUUUUAACAUUUCGAUUCAUGACUUGAAACUGAGGCCACAGUUUAAGUUCUCUGAUGAAGAAGAAGAAGAAGAGGAAGCUACUGGUAAAGACAAGGUGACACUCUACUUCACAAGCCUUAGAGGUAUAAGGAAGACAUAUGAAGAUAGUUGUGAUGUUAGAAGUAUACUAAAAAGUAUUGGAGUUAGAGUGGAUGAGCGAGAUGUGUCUAUGCAUUCGGGUUUCAAGGAAGAGCUUAAGGAGCUGCUAGGGGAUAAAUUCAAAAAUGGUGUUGGGGUUACUUUACCUAGAGUUUUCUUGGGGAAGAAGUUACUCGGAGGAGCAGAGGAGAUUCGGAAGUUAAAUGAAGAAGGGAAGCUUGAGAAGCUUCUACAAGGCUGCGAGAGGGUGGAAGAAAACAAGAACUGUAAUGGGCAAGAAUGUGAGGCUUGUGGAGAUGUAAGGUUUGUGCCUUGUGAGACAUGUUCAGGGAGCUGCAAAGUAUACUAUGAACAUGAAGAUGAUGAUAAUGAAAGUGUAACGGAAGAAAGAGAGUAUGGGUUUCAGAAAUGUCUUGAUUGUAAUGAGAAUGGACUCAUCAGAUGUCCUGUUUGUUGUGAUUAGCUUUUAGAAUAUACACACACAGAGAAAACCUUAUUCUUGUUUUUGUUUGUUUUGCUACAUUGAGUUUUUGAGUGCUGUAGUGUUUUAUUGCAUCAA